UUUGUCAACGGGGGGAAAUUUUAAUUACAUGAAGAUAUUCGAUGAUGAGGUUACUUUUAGUCGGAAACGACUUGGCCACGUCCGACGUGGUAGAUAGUAAUUGGUGGAUAAAGUGAUUAUGCCACGUCUUUGUAUAAAAUAUAUGUUAUUUAUUUGAUUAAAUGGAAUCGUUCCCGACAAAUCGAAAGCUCCACGCACGACAACCUUCUCUCCCCCCCCUUUAAACGUAUGAAGUCGCCGGCGAGAGAAGAAUUUUCCGGACGGUCACACGUGCCAUUUUCUCAGUAUAAAUAGAACUCACAUUUUUGUUUCUCACACCAACAUAUUAUUUUUCUUUCUUCAAAUUCGUUCGUCGCUGGUAAAAGAGAAAAUAUUCCGUUACAUCAGAUCUCUAAGCGUCUCUCAGCAAUGCCGAUGGUAACUGUAAAAGUUAGCAAUGUUUCUCUAGCAGUAACGGAACGAGAACUCAAAGAAUUUUUUUCUUUUUCCGGCGAGAUUGUUCACCUCGAGAUGCAAAGUGAGAAUGAAGGAGGUUCUAAGUUAGCAUAUGUUACAUUCAAAGAUUUACAAGGAGCUGAAACCGCACUUCUCCUCACUGGAGCGACAAUUGUUGAUUCAUCGGUCACGGUCACAAUGUCACCAGAUUACCAACUACCUCCUGAUGCUUUAGCUUCCAUUGAAUCAUCGAAAGAGAGCGACAAAUCAUCAUCAUCUCCUCCAAAGGAAGAUGUAUCAGUAUUCAGAAAGGCUGAAGAUGUCGUCCGCAAUAUGAUUUCAAAAGGGUUUAUUCUUGGGAAAGACGCAAUAGCUAAAGCAAAAAGCCUCGAUGAGAAGCAUCAGCUAACAUCAACAGCUUCAGCUAAAGUCACAUCCUUCGACAAGAGAAUCGGGUUCACUGAGAAAAUCAACACCGGGACAACUGCUGUGAGCGGGAAAGUCAAAGAAGUUGAUCAGAAGUUUCAAGUCACUGAGAAAACCAAAUCAGCAAUAGCUGCAGCCGAGCAAACAGUGAGCAAUGCUGGCUCCUCCAUAAUGAAAAACCGGUAUGUUUUGACUGGUACCACGUGGGUUGCUGGUGCGUUUGAAAAAGUGAGCAAAGCUGCAGAAGAAGUCGGACAAAAGGCGAAGGAGAAAGUUGGAAGGGCUCAAGAAGAUGAAGAGAAGAGAAAAGAGGUUGAUGAAGUAGCUAGUGUUCAUUUGUCUGAAUCACCAAAGGCUUUAGACCAACCAGAACAGGAUUCAAAACUCUCUGAAUCACCAAAGGAUUUAGACCAACCAGAACACGAUUCAAAACUCUCUGAAUCGCAGCCGCAACAGCUGCAACCGCAUAAACAGGAGGAGUCUACUCCAAAUGUUGCUUCGGGACAGCCUUGAAAAUACAUAAAAGAAUAUUUCUUCCAACUUUUUUGAAACAUACCGGACAUGGCUUAUAUGUUCCAAUAACACUGAAUUUAAAUUUUGUUGCUGCU